AUGAACCAUACGCCAUCGGUGGACAGCGACGAUGGCUGGGGCGACGUCGCCAAGCCGGGCGAUACCAACGCGCUCCCCGGCACCGAAGAACCCCUUCGCAUCGCCGAACGCAAAAAGUACUCAGUCUUCACUGUUUGGCAGAAGCGAGGCAUCGUUCUGCUUGCCGCGGCCGGCGCCUUCUUCUCGCCCUUGACCGGUCAAAUCUACUUUCCCUCUCUUCCAACCAUUGCCUCCGAGUUCGGAGUCAGUGUCGCCGACAUCAACCUGACAGUCACCGUCUACAUGAUCUUCCAAGGCAUCACACCCAUGUUUGUCGCCCCGUUCUCUGAUCAAACUGGUCGCCGUCCUGCCUACAUCGUCUGCUUCGUCGUCUACCUCGCCGGUAAUGUUGGAUGUGCCUUGGCGCCGAACUAUCCAGUCUUGAUGGUCACUCGUAUCAUCCAGUCUGCAGGCGCCAGUACGACCAUUGCUCUCUGCCAGUCCGUCGUCUCAGACAUGGUCACGUCUGCUGAGAGAGGCCAGUAUGUUGGCUGGACUGCGUUGCCCAUCAUCCUGGCUCCCUGUAUCGGCCCCGUCAUUGGUGGUCUUUUCGCAGAAUUCUUGGGCUGGAGAUGGAACUUCUGGUUCCUGACAAUACUCGCUGGUGUCGUGGCCAUCGUCCUUGGCAUGUACAUGCCCGAGACGUGUCGCAACAUUGUCGACGAUGGCUCGGUGGUCCCUCGCAACUUUUACCGCCCUUGGUGGCCUGUCAUCAAGGAGAAGCUUGCCCUGCGCAAGGCUGCCAAGGCUGAUAACUUUGAGAUGAACGGCAUGGAGCAGAAGCCCAAGGCUGAGAAGACCCCCAUCAAGAUCAAAGGUAUCAACCCGACGCGCGCCUUCCUGCUUUUGCUCGAGCCAGAGAUGUUCCUCCUUCUUCUUUACAGCAGCUUGAUCUUUGCUGGGUUCUACGCCAUGGCUACUGCUAUGCCAACCAUGCUUGCCAAGCUGUACGGCUUCGACGAGCUGAUGACCGGCGCCAUGUAUACACCCAUGGGUGUCGGCUCACUGGUUGCCGCUUUCGUCAUGGGUCGUGUGCAGAACAAGAACUUUGAGCGCCAUGCGGCCCUGCGUGGCAUGGAGGUGCACGCGGACACUCAGCAAGAUCUCAAGGACUUCCCGAUUGAGAAGGUCCGUCUCGAGGUCGCCUAUCCUCUGGUUGCUCUGUUUGUUGUGUGCAUCAUCGGCUGGGGGUGGGCUUUUGAGUACUGGGCUCCCGUCUACGUACCCGCCAUCAUCCUCUUCUUCAUUGGCGUUGCCAUGGUCGGCUUUACCAACUCGAUCAACAUUCUCCUCGUCGACAUCAACCCUGGCAUUGCUGGAGCAGCAGCAGCUGUAAGCAACUUCACCCGCUGCAUGUUCGGCGCUGCCGCCUCGGCUGCCAUCUCCCCCAUGCUCAUCGCCCUCGGUCCUGGCUGGUCUUUCACCAUUCUCGGCUUGCUCUACGUUGUGUGCGCCCCAAUGCUCUGGCUCGUGGUCAAGAACGGCAUGGUCUGGCGCGAGAAGAAGAUGAUCCGCCGCCAGGCCCGCAUGAAGAAGAUCAUGGAGAAGCAGCGCGAGAAGGCCAUGGCCGAGGCCAGAGCCAUGGGAAUUGCCAUGCAGGCUGCAGCCUCUGGCGACGACGUCCCUGGCGUGCCCGACAUUGCCGCAAUCCCCUCACGCCCGCCCACCAUCGACGACCCUUACUUCCCGGGCAACAACUUUGCGCAGGAGCCCUCGAUCGCUGCCCUCCGCAUCCCCGACCCCCGUCUCAGCGUCUGGGGCGAGACGGGCCUGCGUGGCAGCCUGUGGGUCGGCAACAGCGAUCAGUCAUCCAAUACUGCCCCGUCUGCCAACACCAACCGUUACAGUGUCUGGGACAGUGGCGAGGAUUGGGUGCCGACGCUCCAGCGCCAGAGUACCUGGGGUCGCGCCAGGAACAGGGAGAGCGUCAUGUGGGGAGCUCGGGACAGCGCCAUGUUUGGUGGCUUCUAG